CCGGUCCGCUGUCAUGGAAAGAGCCGAAGAUGUCGGCUCGGUCAUGUGAUCAGCUGUGUCCAAUCACAGCUGAUCACUGAUCAUCAGGGCACUGAUGAUCAGUGUGGCCCCAGAAGUGCCACCUGUCAGUGCUCAUCAGUGCCCAUCAGUGCCAAAUCAAUGCCAAAUAUCAGUGCAUACCAGUGCACAUCAAUGCCACAUAUCAGUGCCCAUCUGAGCUCCCUUUCAAUGUCACCUAUCAGUGCCACCUAUCAGUGCCAGUCAGUGCCGCCUAACAGUGCCAGUCAGUGCCGCCUAUCA